AUGACUGACAAAGAGCCAGACACGAAGGGCCUAGAGGCCGGCGUCGAGCCACGAAUCGGCGACGAUGUUGCUGUUGGCGCGCACGAUGCUUCGGCGCUGCCAGAGGGCACGCUCGAUCCUGUCUACGAGGCCAAGGCUCGCGUUUUGAACAGAGCCAUUCAGGACAUUGGCAUGGGCUGGUACCAAUGGCAGCUGUUCGUGGUCAUUGGCUUCGGAUGGGCCGCUGACAACUUCUUCCCGAUCAUGACGAGCUUGAUCUUCACGCCGAUCGUUAACGAGUUCAACCCAGGUCGGCCACCUUUACUGCAACUUGCCCAGAACAUUGGACUACUUGCGGGCGCCGCCUUCUGGGGUUUCGGGUGCGAUAUCUUUGGUCGUCGGUGGGCUUUCAACAUCACCCUUGGAGUUGCGGCGGUCUUUGCGAUGAUAGCUGCGUCGUCUCCGAACUUUGCUGCGAUCGGUUGUUUUGCAGCUCUGUGGAGCUUUGGCGUCGGUGGCAAUCUACCUGUCGACAGUGCGAUCUUCCUGGAGUUCCUCCCUGGGUCGCAUCAAUACCUUCUGACAGUGCUGUCGAUUGACUGGGCGGUCGCACAGGUUGUCGCAACGCUGAUCGCAUGGCCAUUGCUUGGCAACUUGACCUGUCAAGAAGGAGAAGAGUGCACACGAUCGAAGAAUAUGGGCUGGCGAUAUCUCGCGAUUACUAUGGGUGGCAUUGUGCUCUUGCUGUGGGCGAUACGCUUCUCGUUUACAAUCUUCGAAAGCCCCAAAUAUUUGAUGGGUAAAGGGCGCGACGAGGAUGCCGUUCGUGUCGUCCAUGAGGUAGCGAAGCGGAAUAAGCGGGAGUCAAGUUUGACCGUGCAGGACUUGAAGGCCUGUGAAGGUGUCGGGACCUCAACGGGUGGUGUCGAUACCAGCAAUGCCGCCAUCAUCAAGCGGAACCUCCAGAAGGUCAACCUGACGCAUGUGCGAUCCCUCUUCCAAACCAAGAAGCUGGCAUUCUCGACAAGCAUGAUCAUGUCUAUCUGGGGACUGAUUGGCUUGGCUUACCCGUUGUAUAACGCAUACAUCCCUUACAUCCUCGCUACCAGAGGUGCGGCAUCCGGAGAUGGCUCGACUUACAUUACAUACCGAAAUUCGCUCAUCAUCGCUGUCCUUGGCGUCCCAGGAGCAAUUCUGGGCGGUUUCCUCGUCGAGAUCAAGAGGUUUGGCAGAAAGGGAGCAUUGGCAGUCUCAACAGCACUCACCGGCGUCUUCCUGUACGCAUCUACAACAGCCACAGAUUCCGACUCGCUGCUAGGCUGGAACUGCGCUUACAACUUCACGUCCAACAUCAUGUAUGCCGUACUGUAUGCAUACACGCCGGAGAUUUUCGCUACCAAGGAUCGAGGAACAGGCAACGCGCUUGCGGCUUGUGCGAACCGCGUGUUCGGCAUCAUGGCACCUAUCAUCGCGAUGUUCGCGAACUUGGAGACGUCAGCGCCGGUGUAUACGAGUGGUGCUCUUUUUAUUGCUGCAGGAAUUAUUUGCGUUAUCUUGCCCUUCGAGAGUCAGGGGAAAGCGAGUCUAUAG